AUGGCUACGGCCAGCAAGGGCAGCAAGGCCAAGGGGGGGGCUGUGCGCUUCGCCCCCAGCCAGCCCUCCGAGGGGGCCCAUGGCCAUGUCCACUUCGACGAGAAGCUCCACGACUCGGUUGUGAUGGUGACACAGGAGAAGGAUGGCAGCUUCCUCGUCAAGGUGGGAUUCCUGAAGAUCCUCCACAAGUAUGAGAUCACCUUCCUCCUGCCCCUGGUGCAGAGGCUGGGGAAGGAGGUCUGUGCUGUCCCCUUCCCCAACCCCAACCUCCGAGUCAUCAGUGUCACCCCUGUGCCAGAAGGUUACAGCGUGAAGUGUGAGUACACAGCACACAAGGAGGGUGUCCUGAAGGAGGAGAUGGUCCUGGCCAGUGAGACCAGCGAGGGUGCCUCUCUCAAGGUGGUGGUUCAAGCCCGUGUCAUGGACCGGCACCACGGCACGCCGAUGCUGCUGGACGGGGUGCGCUGCGUGGGCGCCGAGCUGGAGUACGACUCGGAGCAGAGCGACUGGCACGGCUUCGACUAGACCCUGCCCUCCUGCU